UAAAAAUGAAAAAUAAAUAAAAAUUUUAUAAAUAAAAUAGAAAAGUAGUUGGGAUAUUAAGUACAACUAACAGAAAAGUAGUUUGACAUAUUUUUAAAUUUACCAAAAAAAAAUCAAACAAAAAAUGGAUCAGUUUCCUACCGAGGAAGAAGAAUUUGAAUUAAUGUAUCAAGAUGAAAUGGAAUUACUCGAAGAAAUCCACGAUGAAGAAGUCUUAAAUAUUGAUAAAACCCAGCAGCAUCCUCAAUCCAAUAAUUUUGCACCUAAUACUUCAGUUCAAUUGAAUCAAACCCAAGAAAGUUUACUAAAGAGUCCACAACUUUCGCAAAUAUCAUUUGGAAGUGCGAAAAACUCUAACAAGUUAGUUAAUGUAAAUAGGAAACUUUUUAAUUCAUCAAUAAAUUGUGAAGCCGCUAGAGUAUCUUCCACUCCUAUUGGGAGAACAGAAACCCAUAGAAAUCAAAAUGACAAAUUUGCUCCAUCAACGUCAAUUAUUGUUGAAGAGGAAAAUGGUGAGCCAAUGGAUGUAUUUCAGGAAAUUCAAAAUGUUGGUUUAAAAAAGAGACGUCGCUUAGAAGAUUUAUUUGGUGAUAUUCAUGAUAUUGAGCGAGAAGAAUAUGAGGAUCCUGAGGUAAAAAAAUUUAAAAUCGAAGAAGAAAGGGAUAUGGAAAUGAUAUCUAAAAUUCUGGAAGCAAGAAAAAGGUGCAGAGAAAUAAAAAAUCCUUUGAAAAAAGACAGCGUAGAUAGACUAAACGCUUUACAUGAAUUUAAGAAGAAAAAUUUGUCUUAUACAAUACCAAAUUGGCCCUGUAUAACCGUUGUAAAAAAUGAUUUAGAACGUAUUUAUGUAAGAAUGCACUCUGAGGAUUAUGAAGCAAAGGAGAUUGACGAAAUAAAUGUUUUUACAAAAGGAUACCGUGGUUUAUUAGGUGAAUCGAAGGAAGAAAUUUGGAAUAUAGCCAGAGAAUUGACAUUAAAACGUAUGACUGCAAGCGCUGGAAAUUGUUCUAAUGAACAAAAUGGAAAUAUCGUUGAAUAUUCAGAGCAUUCCUUAUUAAAUGAUCAAUGUUUAUGGGUAGAUAAAUACCGCCCGAAAAAAUAUUUAGAUUUGCUAUCUGACGAAACAACUAAUCGUAGUCUUUUAUAUUGGCUUAAGAUGUGGGAUAAAGUAGUUUUUGGAAGAGAGUUCGGUAAGAAGGCUUUAAAUGGAAAGUUUGAGGGUCAGCAACUUAAUAGUUUCAAUAAGAGAACGGGAAAGUUUGAAUCUACAGGUGGAUGGAAUAGAAAAACAAAACAAAAUUUAAACAUAAAUUUGGAUAGCCAUGGAAGACCAAUGCAAAAGGUAGCAUUACUUUGUGGUCCGCCAGGCUUAGGGAAAACUACCUUAGCUCAUACUAUUGCUCGUCAUGCCGGAUACUGUGUGAGAGAGUUGAACGCAUCAGACGAUCGGAGCCCGGAAGCUUUUCGUUUAGCGUUAGAAAACGGCACACAGAUGACUUCAGUUUUAAACGAAGACAAAAGACCCAAUUGCAUAAUUCUUGAUGAAAUUGAUGGAGCACCUUCUCAAUCUAUAGAUUUUCUAAUACGUUUUACAGCAGAUAAUUAUACGGUUAAAUCUAAAAAGGGUAAAGAACAUAAAAGUAUAUUAAAAAGACCAAUUAUUUGCAUAUGUAAUGACAUGUAUGCUCCAGCAUUAAGGCAAUUAAGACAAGUAGCAUUUGUUGUUAAUUUUCCGCCAAUUGAGUCGUCAAGGCUAGCAGAAAGACUUCUAGAUAUUUGUAAGAAAGAACAUUUAAAAGUAGAUUUGGGAACAUUGUUGGCUCUAGCGGAUAAAUCUGGUAAUGAUGUACGAUCGUGUAUAUCAAUGCUACAGUUCUAUAGUGGAAGCAAGAAGAACUUAACUUUAAUUGAUGUUUUGAAUGCCAAUUUAGGCCAAAAAGAUAGGCACAGAGGUCUCUUUGGCAUUUGGUCAGCAAUAUUUCAAAUUCAACGUCCUCAAAAGCAAUUAGCUAAUACAGAGUCGCGGAAUUCACCAGAAAAUGAUCAACUAAUGGUCACUAUGACAAAUAUGUCUUUAAGUACUAGAGUUAAAUAUAUAUAUGAAAUUCUUCAUAUGGCAGGAGAUUAUGAAAGAUUAAUGCAGGGUGUUUUUGAAAAUUAUUUAUUACAAAAAAUGCCGGAUCCAAAUUUAGAUGGGGUUUUAGAAGCAGCCAAUUGGUUUUGUUUUUCAGAUUUAUUACAAACGCAAAUUAAUCAUCUCCAAAAUUACUCAAUAUAUCCUUAUUUGCAAUUUGGUUUUAUAACUUGGCAUUUAUUAUUUGCAAGUUUAUCGUGGCCUAAAAUUACUUUUCCUAAUAAAGGAUUUGAGGUUCAUCAAAAAUCUACUACUCAUAAAAUGAUAUUUACUUCAUUUAGAAAGGGUGUAAAUUGUAAUUCAAUUGGUAUUGGUACAGGAGCAACUAUUUUAUUAGAAACUUUACCAUUCUUAAAAUCUAUAUUAUCACCAAAUUUACGUUCAGUUUCUUCACAACUUUUAACAACAAAAGAACGUCAUGAACUUUCUUCAACUGUUGGGAUAAUGGUAGAUUUAGGUUUAGUUUUUACCCAAACUAAAGCUAUUGAUGGAACAUAUCAAUAUUGUUUGGAACCAGAUAUUGAUAUGCUUAUUAAAUUUCCAGAUUUUAAAGGAAUAUCAUUAAGUUAUUUUGGUCGUCAGUUGAUAGCGCGUGAAGUUGAAUUAGAGAAAAUGAGAAGAUCAGCACCAAAAAUAAUUAAUAAUAAUAACGAUAAAAAUAACAGUAAGAAAAUAGCAUUCAAAUCAAAUUCAAAAAAUAUGCAAGAAAAAUCACCACCACAAGAGAAUUUACCAAAUUAUUUGCAAUGUUUGAAACCGAAAAUUAGACAAAGUAAAAAAAAUCAGAAAGAAACGAUCUCUAAGGAUUUCUUUGGAAGAAUAUGUACAAAAUCGGAUUCUGCUACCACUGAUGAAAGAAUUUCUGAUCCUAUUGUCAAAAGUCCAAUUUGGUACCGUUAUAAGGAAGGAUUCAAUAAUGCUGUACGAAAAGAUGUAACUAUGGCGGAAUUAUUGUAAUAAAAUGGAUAAUAUAAAAUUUUUAUAGAAAUAUUGGUUUUGAUGUGAUUGACUUUUUGUUAUUAGUAAUUUAUAUUAAAUAUACUUAAUUUCUUUUAUAA